UAUCUUUGAAUAAAUUCCGAAACAUUCUAUCACAAAAAUGAAGUUUGAUGUUCUGUUAAACCAUAUCGGUUCCUUGGGAAAGUACCAAAGACUUAUGAUCUUAUGGAUUUAUCUAGGUGCCAGUAUGGAUGGCUACCAUUAUGGAAUCAGUGUAUUUAUCUUACCAACAAAACAACACAGGUGCGCUUUACCGAACCUUCCGAAUGAUACGUACAAAAGCCAAGGCAAUUACCAUGAUACUUUAGUCAACCAAACGAUACCCUAUGAGUUCAAAGACGAUCAAUACGUUUACGAAAAAUGCCACAUAUACAACGCAAGUCUCGGUGAAAAUGGCACGAAGACCGAGUGUAAUUCUUGGGUGUACGACCAUUCCGUCUUCAGUACAUCAGUUAUAGAAGAUAUGAAUCUUGUUUGUGAUCGAAGUCUCAUGUCAGCAAACUGUAUCGUGGUUUUCUUCUUCGGAGUGCUAAUUGGCGUAGUGACGUUGGGAAACGUAUCGGAUAUCGUGGGAAGAAGAACCGUGAUGAUGUAUUCCAUCUUACUACAAGGUUCAGCUGCUUUAGGGAGCGCAUGGGUCAAUAACAUUUACUUGUUUUAUCUUUUGCGAUUCCUAACAGGGAUUGGAUGUUCAGGUUCUUACAUACCAACGUUUAUCUUAGCCACAGAAAUAGUCGGCCUAAAAUACAGAACAUUCGUGGCAAUCAUAGAGCAAGCUUUCUUCACCGUUGGAUUACUGGUCCUGUGUGGUCUGGCUUAUUUGUUAGACGAUUGGAGACUGUUGACAACUGUGAUAUCAAUUCCAUCUUUCAUCUUCGCAGCUACUUAUUUCUUAUUCAUCCCAGAAUCUCCCCGAUGGCUUAUAAGCUCUGGACGAUUGGAAGAAGCAGACAAGAUAAUCAAGCGCAUAGCGAGAAUAAACAACAAAGAGAUUCCAGUCGAAUAUUUUUCAGAGAUUUCCGCUGAAAUGACGCCUAAAGUAAAAUUCUGGAAGGUUUUUACAUCCAAGAAACUUACUUGCUGGUGUGCCAUUAUGUGUUUUUGCUGGAUCUCUGUCAGUGUGGUUUAUUUUGGCCUUGCCCUAAAUAGCCAGGAUCUCGGUGGGAACGUUUUUGUAAACUUUUCUCUGGGUGCUAUGGUAGAAUUCCCAGCUUAUUUCUUCUGUAUUAUAUUUUUGGAUCGCAUGGGAAGAAAGAAAUUGCAAAGUCUGACAAUGGUUGUUGGAGGUGUAUCGUGCUUGGCAACUGUUCUACCAAUUCUCCUCGGAAAUUCCUCUUAUCAAUGGCUAGUGUUGCUGUUUGCGAUGAUAGGAAAACUUGGCAUUACAUCAGCAUUCGGCGCUGUUUACCUGUUUGGUUGUGAACUCUUCCCUACUGUCCUGCGUAACUCUGCCAUGGGUUUAUUUUCCACAUGCGGAAGAAUAGGAGCGGUGGUAGCGCCGUAUAUUGCGGAAUUGGUAAGUUUGGUUCCAAUAACAGUUGCAUCAGUUCAAAAACAACUUAAUUUACAAUACAUAUUACUUGUCAAUCACAUCUUGAGUGAUUGAGACGCUUUAGAACUU